AUGCCACAGGUGAGAAACCGCAAGCUGAGCUCCCACACAGUAACGGCGAAGUAAACUAAUAGCGUCAAUUCAUUUCGUACUCUCCGUCGUCGGAGCGAGCGGCUUUAGCUAUGGCGGAGAGGGGUGAGAUCUCUGUUUUAACGCUUGGUGGCAAGGGUUCGUCCCUCUCUUCCUCCUCACUGUAUGCCAUUGCCAGUGGCCGUGCUCUGUUGCGCAUUGAUUCUGCUGCUCUCGAUCGUCUUUCCUCUAGUAAGCGCCCUCCGCCGCCUUCCUGCAGGUGCCGGAUCUUCUUCCCUGACUUUCUCACCCCAGAGGAUCGAAGGGCCUUCCUCGUUGUGCUUCUCAACAAUCUCCUCCUCUCUAAUGCCCCUGGCAUCCGUGUUUUUCUUCCUGAACUCAUUGCCGAGGCCUUGAAUUCUAAGCCCCAAAGUUUGGAAUUCGGGGAAGUCGACGUGACUGAGGACGAGAUGCUUGUGCUGAAGAAUUCUUUCUCUCCUCUGCUUGGGGUUUCUUCGAUUUUGGAUCACCAAGCAGCGGCGUUGUCUGCUUUUGCGGAUUUCGCUGCUGCUUUAUCGUGUGAAGCGUUGAAGGCUGAUAUAACCGCGUUCGAUUUGAUGGAUUCUGGAGAUGGGCAUGCCUCCAAGGAGAAAGUUGGCGUCUCCAGUGAUAUGAAAGUCCUGCUUAAUGGGUCCAAGUUGGUGGGCAAGGUUAAGAUUGAGUCUGUUUCGAGGAUUCCUGUAGUUCACGGAACGAUGAGGGAGCAGGUGAAAUUGGUGCAUUCUAAAAUGCGAGUGGAGUUGAAUUCGGGUGUUGGGACAGAGGGAGCUGUAAGUGUAGUGCUGUUGGCAUUGGCAGCAGCAUUAGGAGACCUGGGCGAGUGGAGCUUUCUCCGUGCGGAAAAUAAUCUGGCUUCCAUAGCUAGCAAUGAGCUGAGGUCAAGUCUAGAAGGAGUCUCUGCAAAGAGAUGCCCCACUUUUUCUAGUUUAGGCAGUAGAUGUGGCAGAGCAUUUGAUUUGUAUCUUAAAAAGGACUUUGGUAAUUUUGUACAUGAAGUGAAAAUGCUUUUGGAUACAGUUUGGAACAUUGUGGCAUGGGAAGUUGUAACAGCUUUUGUGGCACUCGAAUCUGUUGAACUUACCGGAAAGAUUCAAGAACCUGCUGGAAAGAUUCAAGCUGGGGUGAAUAGAGAUAACACAAAAGUGGAGAAGAAAAAUGAGAAGAAGAAGGUUGUUUUGGGGAAAGGAAACAGUGUGAUUCUACAAUUAAUUAAGGACAGGUUGCAGAAUAAAAGAGACGAUGCUGUUGAUAUGUCGGGAUUAUUGGAGAUAUGGGUUUGUGAUUUUCUAUCACUUUUUGAUUUGAAGGAUCCUGAAUUUGAGGUCUUUUUAUCUAAAGUAAAGGACUUUAUAGAAAGCAAUGAAAGCAGAAGACUACCCAAGAUUCCUAAGGGGACUCGUGACUUUGCCAAAGAACAAAUGACAGUAAGAAAGAAAGCCUUUUCAAUAAUAGAGGAAGUUUUUGAGAGGCAUGGUGCCGCGGCCUUGGAUACUCCUGUUUUUGAAUUGCGUGAAACUCUCACGGGAAAGUAUGGGGAGGACUCGAAGCUGAUUUAUGAUCUUGCUGACCAGGGUGGCGAGCUCUGUUCUUUGCGGUAUGACUUAACUGUUCCAUUUGCUAGAUAUGUAGCCAUGAAUGGUCUAACAUCUUUCAAAAGGUACCAAAUAGCCAAGGUCUACAGAAGGGACAACCCAUCUAAGGGAAGAUACCGAGAAUUCUAUCAAUGUGACUUUGAUAUUGCUGGUCAGUUUGAGAAAAUGGGUCCAGAUUUUGAGGUUGUUAGAAUUUUGACUGAACUGCUGGAUGAGCUAGACAUUGGAGACUAUGAGAUAAAGUUGAAUCAUCGAAAAUUACUGGAUGGAAUGAUGGAAAUUUGUGGAGUGCCUGCUGCAAAGUUCAGAACUAUAUGCUCAAGUAUUGACAAAUUAGACAAGCAGUCUUUUGAUCAGAUAAGAAGAGAAAUGGUGGAAGAAAAAGGAAUAUCUGCUGAGACGGCUGACAAAAUUGGAGCUUUUGUUAAUGAAAGGGGGCCUCCUUUGGCAUUGUUAUCUAAAUUUAAACAAGAGGGUAGUUCUUUCUUAGAACAUGCUGGAUCUGUUGACGCAUUAAAUGACCUGGAAAUUUUAUUCAGAGCUCUGGAUAAAUCAAAACGCAUCGGUAAAAUUGUUUUUGACUUGAGUCUUGCCAGGGGUCUUGAUUAUUAUACUGGAGUCAUAUUUGAAGCUGUUUUCAAGGGCAGUACACAGGUUGGUUCUAUUGCUGCUGGUGGUCGAUAUGAUAACCUAAUAGGGAUGUUUGGAUCCAAGCAAGUUCCAGCAAUUGGUGUCAGUCUUGGAAUUGAGAGAGUAUUUGCUAUAAUGGAGCAGCUUCAGAAAGAUCGGAACCAGAUGCCUCGAGCAAGCAAAACUGAAGUCCUAGUGAGCAUAUUAGGGGAUGACCUAACACUAGCUUCAGAGCUGGUGAGUGAGUUGUGGGAUGUUGGGAUUAAAGCAGAAUUCUUGGUCAAUAAGAGACCAAUGAAGCACAUAGACCGUGCCAGAGAAUCUAGGAUCCCGUGGAUGGUCCUGGUGGGUGAGCGUGAAUUGAAUAAAGGUGUCGUGAAUCUGAAAGAUGUCGAAGCUGCUAAAGAGAUGGAGAUCCCCAGAGAUCAAAUUGUUGAGGAGCUUCAAAGACGGUUAAACCCAUAAGUCUUAUGGUCAGCACGAGCUAACUUAAAAGUUGAGUUUGAUUGAUUAUUCUCAGUGGAUUAGUGUCUUGUUUCAUUGUUUGUAAGUUGACAAUUAUUUUUACAAUUGAACCGGUGAGUUAUAGGCAUAUUUCUUUCAGAAUCACAUCACUUUAAUGUUGAAGAAAUAACUUGCAGAUUUUGUUUAGCUAUGGAAAUUGUAAUUUGAUUUCUGUUA